AUGCCUGGUAGAACUAAAAUGAGUUGUGAAUAUCGUUAUUCACGUACUUUAGCUGAAAAAAUACACAGAGGUCGUUGGACUGAAGAGGAAGAUUUGAAACUUUUGGAGGCUGUUGAUAAAUAUGGAGCUAGGAAUUGGAUUAAAGUUUCUGAAUGCGUUCAGGGCCGAUCACCUCUUCAAUGUAGAAAUAGAUGGGUACAUGUACUCGAUCCUAAACGUCGUGACCGGCCAUGGACAUUAGAAGAGCAUAUAAGAUUGUUCUAUUUUAUUCGUCUUUUUGGUCGUGAUAAAUGUGCUAAAAUUGCAAAAUUUUUGCCCGGAAGGAAUAAUAUGGAUGUUCAUAUGCGGAUUAGAUUUUUGAUUAAAUUACAUAUUGAGGUUUUUAUUUUUUUGUUAAAUUUUGUUUAA